UACAGCGGAAAACAUAACGUUGUAUUGUAAUUGUACCGUGUACGUUCGGUCCGCGUACACACGUUGUGUGGAAAACAAUUUUGUUUUUCCCAACGAUCGUCGUCGCGUCAUCGGAUAGACACGACGAAUGUGAUUCCGCAUUUGACGUUUCCACCGCCGUUGUCGUCGCUGCGUAAAAGUGUUUCGAUCGCACGUCGUACGAUUGUCGCGCGAUUUGUGCGCAGUUAACAUCCAGGGAAACGCGUUUCGAUCGCACCGUCGUUAUUGUCUCCGAUCGAUCGCCGAUCUUGCGGGUCUUCUUCUCCAGCGAUCUUCCAGCUAUCGAAUUGUAUGGCGCGACAUACGUCACCUGCAGCGGGCGUUAGCCCGCGGAGGAAGAACAGCAAGGCCAACAACAAAGCCAACAAAGACCAAAAAUCGGUUGACGCACCCGAUACAAUAACAAAUUCACCGAACAAAAACAUGCAGUCCAACUCCAAUGCACCGCCGGUGAACCCUAAUGCACAUACAAUCUUGGCACCUCCUUUGACAAACAUCCCAUGGAUGGUGAAAAAUCCGUUGUCGUUAUUGAUGGAAAUUGUUCUCAUAUUUUUUAUGUACCUGGUCACGUUAUAUUUCAAGUGUUUGAGAGUGAUUCUGCCAAAAUUGGAGAAACCUGUCAACGGAAAAGUCGUACUAAUCACUGGCACCGGAAGAGGUUUAGGCCGUGAGUUAGCCUUGAAGUUCGCUUUACUUGGCGCCAAAGUGGCGUGCGUUGACGCGGACCAGAACAGCAACGAGGAGACGGUGAAACUUAUAACGACCAAGAUACAGGGGUCCACGGUCAAGGCGUACACGGUGAACGUUGCCGCUACCGCAGAGGUGACCGCGUUAGCGGUUAAAGUGGAACAGGACUUAGGUCCAGUAGACAUACUGAUCAACAAUGCCACCGUUAUGGUCGCACACACUUUUCUGGGCGAACAGGAUCACACCAUCGCGUCCACUCUCAACAUAAACCUGCUCGGAUCGUUUUGGAUGAUACGCACAUUUUUGCCGGGUAUGAUGAAGAGAAAUAGCGGUCACAUCGUAGCGAUUUCGUCCGCUUCAAGCCUUUGCAGUCUGUCAAAACUAUCAGCAUACUCGGCUAGCAAAUGGGGUCUUAACGGCAUGAUGGAAAGUCUCAGAGAAGAACUUCGGGAACACAGCAACAACAAAAUCAAUACAACUGUCGUCAUGCCCAUUUUUAUCAACACGAGUGCCGAUUACACGAAGUACAUCAACAGCAGGAUGCCGGUGCUCAGCUUAAAACAUGCAACUGAAGCUACGAUCCACGGGAUCUUGACGGAUGAAGUAGAAUUCACCAUUCCUCGAGUAGUAUAUUUCACCAAUCUACUCAAAAGAUUAUUACCCAUCAACAUUUCGGAUUCGAUUAAGAACAUCUUUUAUACGAAAAUCAUAUUGCCACCACAAGAAAUUCAAUCCAUUGACCCUAGCAGGACAAUUAUUAAUAAAACCAAUGUUGCUUAUUAAAUUUACUAAAUGUAGCAUUUAUAGUAAAACAAUAUUGUUUAUAUGAUAUCAAUUAUAAUUAUUUUUUAAAAAAUGCCAUUAUGAACAUCGAGAAGGUCAUAAUGAUGUUUAGGAUUAUAUACGAUUUGCAUAAAAAUAAAUAUUCAAAAAUAAUAAGCAGAAUUUGAUAUUCGAAUCACCAGUAUACUUGUUAUAUAAUAAUAUUAUAUUGGAUACAUUUUUUUACAUCACGUUCGUUUUAUUUGUAUCACGUUA